GGGUUUGACUUGAGCAAAAUGAGUGCUGACUGCUGGGCUUUUUAUUCAACUUGUGUUUAUUAAUUAUUUUAUUUUAUUUUAUUUUACUUUAUAUGGAAACAUUCCGACAAUUGAACAAGCAAAAAGUAUUAAGAUUUAGUUUUAAAAAUUGUUAUGAAAUAAAUCCAAGAGGCCUCUAAAACGUAUGUGGUCAGGAUAACAUGCAAUGAUUCAUAACAACACUUGAAGUAACUGUUACUCGACUGAGAUCCAAAAAUUAUACUGAACUGCAGCUGCUGACAAAGAAACAACUAAAAUGUCGAAAAGACAUGCAGAGGACCUGGGGGGAAACCAACCCCCCAUUAAGAAAAUACACUUUGAGCCCCACCUAAUAGGUCCAGUAUCAACUCUUGAGGAGAUGGACAUUAAAGUGCUACAGUUCCAAAAUAAAAAACUUGCACAGAGAAUCGAGCAAAGAUGCAGAACAGAGCAAGAGUUAAGGCAAAGAAUUGAACAGUUAGAAAAACGGCAAACUCAAGAUGAUGCUAUGCUUAAUGUUGUAAACAGAUAUUGGAAUCAGCUCAAUGAAGAUAUUAGGAUAUUGCUUCAAAGGUUUGAUGCAGAGACAGCUGAUGAAUCUGAAAAUAAAAAUGAAAAUGAGGCGACAACCUCAUUUCUGAUGCAGUUAUCUACUUGGGAUAAAGAUGAACUAAAUGACAAAUUAGCCAAUCGGGUGCAAGUUUCUAGGCGAGCAGUCGCCAAAGUUAUCCAGGCCUUUGAUAGGUUGAUGCAGAGAAAUGAAAAAAUUACUCUGGCACUAAAAGGAGAGCUGGAAGGACAAGAUGCGCCAUCAGUUGAUGAAGCUAUCCGUCAAACCAACAUCGAACUUCAAGCAGAAAACCGGAACUUGCAAGCUCUCCACACAUCCUUGCAUGAAAAAUACCACACGAAUAGUUUAAAAGUAGCCGAAUACCAAGAUUCGUUGACGGCAAAAGAAACGGAAAAUGCAGAAUUAAAGAAUCAAAUUGAUGACUUGCAGUAUGAAUUAGAGAAAGUUAGAAAUAGGAAUGAUAAGCUAGAAACGCAUUUGGCUGAGGCUGUUGAAAAGAUCAAAGCUUAUCACCAGUUACAUGGCGAUCCAGAAAAGGACCAAAAUAAUCAAAAUAACAAAAAGCAGGUUGUACAUAACAAUGUUUCUCAGGCUAAACUUGAGGACUUAAUGAAAGAAGUGGAAGAAUGGAAAGAAUUGGCAAAUAAUAGGUUACAAGAGCUUGACAAACUAAACCAAACACACCGGGAUACAUUAAAGGAGGUGGAGAAGUUGAAAAUGGAUAUUCGUCAGUUGCCGGAAAGCGUUAUAGUUGAGACAACCGAAUAUAAAUGCCUUCAGUCUCAAUUUUCUGUAUUAUACAAUGAAUCGAUGCAGCUGAAGACUCAGCUAGAUGAAGCUAGACAGCAGUUGCAAUCUAGUAAAAAUGCCCAUUUAAGAAAUAUUGAAAUGAUGGAAAGCGAAGAACUUAUUGCUCAAAAGAAGCUGCGACAAGAAGUUAUGCAACUGGAAGACUUCUUAGCACAAUUAAGAAAGGAGUAUGAAAUGUUACGAAUAGAGUUUGAACAGAAUUUGGCUGCUAAUGAGCAAACUGGUCCUAUUAAUAGAGAAAUGAGACAUUUAAUUACAUCUUUGCAAAACAACACUCAACAAUUAAAAGGCGAAGUUCAUAGGUAUAAACGGAAAUAUAAGGAUGCUAACAUUGAAAUACCGAAAAUGCGGAAAGAAAUUGAAGAACUGCAGCAAAAGCUUGCCCAAAAACCAGGUUUACAUCAGAGCGAGUCGAAAGAUUGUAUUAAAAAAGAAGAAAUCAAGGAAGAACAAGAUAUCAAAGAAGAAGGAGGAAGUCAAGUAAAAGAAGAACAGAUGACCGCAGAUGUUAAAAAAGAAAGUGAAGAACUUGAGAGUUCACCAGAGAACGCUGAUGGUGAAAAGAGCCAAGUGGGACCAUCAGGCGAUAAAAAAGAUGUCAAACAAGAAAAAAACGUAGUUAAAAGGGAACAGCAGAUCAAAACAGAAAAAGAACGCGAAAGUCAAAGAAUUAAGGAGGCGAAAAUUGCAGAAAGCGAAAUUGUUAGAGACUUGAAAAAUCAACUGAAGAAAGCUUUAAAUGAGCAAAAAGAAAUGAAGUUAUUACUUGACAUGUAUAAAGGCGUAAGCAAAGAACAAAGGGAUAAAGUGCAACUAAUGGCGGCCGAAAAAAAGUUGCGAACAGAUUUAGAGGAAAUGAGACAAACAAUGAAAAAAAUGCAGGAAAAUAAACGGGACGAUAAACGCAAACUAGCCGAAGAUGAGGCAAUUAAAAGAAUCAAACAAUUAGAGGAACAAAAGUUUGAGUUACAAAAGCAGGUGGCAUUGCAAAAGCCAGUAGAUGGGAAUUGGCCUGGUGGAGUAGUGCACCCUAUGAGACCUUUCGUAGGUUCACAUGAAGAAGAAGCUUUGCUAAAUGAAAUGGAAGUUACGGGACAAGCGUUUGAAGACAUGCAAGAACAAAAUUCGAGACUGAUUCAGCAAUUAAGAGAAAAGGAUGACGCUAAUUUUAAACUAAUGUCUGAACGAAUUAAGUCUAACCAAUUACAUAAACUAGCUCGAGAAGAAAAGGAUGUUUUGAAAGACCAGGUGACAACAUUGACAGCGCAAGUAGACAGUGCGAACUUAGUAGUAAGAAAACUGGAAGAAAAAGAGCGCAUAUUGCAAAACACAUUAACGACAGUAGAGAAGGAACUGCAACUUAGACAACAAGCUAUGGAAAUGCACAAAAGAAAAGCUAUAGAGUCGGCACAGUCGGCUGCGGACUUAAAGCUUCAUUUAGAAAAGUACCAUUCCCAAAUGAAGGAAGCCCAGCAAGUAGUAGCAGAGAAGACUUCAUCGCUGGAAGCAGAAGCUUAUAAGACAAAACGCCUUCAAGAAGAGAUUGCCCAACUAAAACGCAAGGCAGAAAGAAUGAAGAAGAUGGAAUUGGCGGGAACCACUUUGGAUGAAGUCAUGAUGGAAGAGAUCAGAGAGUACAAGGAGACCUUGACGUGUCCCUCAUGUAAAGUUAAAAGAAAAGACGCGGUCUUGUCCAAAUGUUUCCACGUGUUCUGUUACGAUUGUCUCAAAACGCGAUACGAAACGCGGCAGAGGAAAUGUCCGAAAUGUAAUUGUGCAUUCGGGGCAAACGAUUAUCAUAGGUUGUAUUUAUCUAAUUAGUAAGUCUAUCUUUAAUUUAGAAUUAGGCUAUAAUGCUUAGGUUAAGUUAAAUUAUUAUAUUGUAAAGCGCUCAGCGGGCAAUUGUAAAUAGCAACUUAUUGUAACCUUGCCUUGUCCGUAUAAAUCUUGUAGCGCUAAGCCUGUUUUAAAUUUAAACUUCUUUCUUUGAUUUUCAUUCACUUUAUACAUUGUUAUGUUUUUUUUAAGGCUAAAUAAAGCCAUACAUUAUGGUUAGAUUUGGGUAUCUAUUCUUGAAGCAGACAAAAUAUUACCUAAAUCUGUAAUUUUAAAGAAAUGUUUUUUUGGAGACUUUAUUCAGCUAUGUUCCUAGAUUUUCUAUUUUUUUUUUAAUUUUUGUUUUUGAUAGGAAAAUAUCAUGCAUGUCAAUGAUUUUAAUAACUAUAUAUAUAUAUCGUAAAUUGUUACGUAAUCAUAUUAUAUUUAAAAGAUACAUACAUUUUGUUGUAUCGUUGAUCUCUGAACUUAAUGAAAUAGACCCCGGUGCUCUUAGUUUCAAGGAUAGAUGCUAUGCGCUUCUAACUAAACUUAAUUGAAACUCUUAUUUUGGUCACAAAUAACUAAGAACUAAAAAACUUAAUUAUAUUUUCAUUGUUAUUAAAAAAUUAUACAAAAUAUUUACUUUAUUUACCCCAAAUAAUUAUGAGGUAAUUUUAAAAUUUACUUUUUUUUUAAUUAUAUUUAAGGAUAAUUUUUCAAAAACAUAUUGUUGUAUGGUAAAAUAGAAUAUGGUGUUAUUUUAAUUAAAUAAUAGGAAAAUUAAGUAGCAAAAAUUGCACACGUCAAUAAAUUUUUUUUUCAAUAUA